CAUAUCAAUAUUCUCAAAACCUCCGAGAGGAAGGAAGAAGAUCGAGUGCGAAUCCCAGAUCGCUUCAACCAUCUGGGCCUCGCUAAGAACUGUUUGUCCAGGAUUCUACAGUUCAUAACCAUCAUCUUCAUAAGCUUAUUCAUCAACAUCGGAGCAAUUUCGUCGCUAAUGGAGCUGGUAUUACUACAAUCUUCUCUGAAUGAGAGAGCCCCCCAUGGAAGAGCCGGGACUUGGCGUUGAGGCACUGGAAUCUAAGCCUCAACUUCGCAUAAUCGGAAGUUGAGUUCCUCAUUCUCCAUUCCCAUGGCGCUCCCCAGAAUCACGCUUGCCAAUCAAAACCUCUGUAAAUCACUCAAUUUCACAAACUCCGUUGCUAUUGCUUCACUUAUCUUCUGUGAAAGUCUACCUCCUGUUGUUAAAUCUUAUAGGCCUAUUUGUACGGAAGUGAUCAAUGUUCUUCCUCCUCUGGACGAAACCCACAUCAGUAAUAACUUCAUUUCCCUCUUCAGCCAACGAAAAUUUUCCCCAGAUGACCCGGAGCUGAAAAUUUUAGCUCCAAGACUCAACACUCAAAUUGUUGAAACUGUGUUGAAUGGCCUGAGGAGUUGGAAAAUUGCCCAUAUGUUCUUCAUUUGGGCUUCGAAACAGAAUGGGUACAGGCAUAAUUGCUAUACCUACAAUGCCAUUGCAUCAAUCCUAUCACGUGCUCGACAAAAUGCCCCACUGAGAGCAGUUGCUAUGGACGUCCUAAAUUUUCGAUGUUCGAUGACCCCAGGAGCAUUGGGUGUCUUUUUGAGAUGUUUGGGAAGCGUGGGGUUGGUUGAAGAAGCUAACUUUUUGUUUGAUCAGGUCAGAGCAAUGGGACUCUGUGUUCCGAAUAGUUAUAGUUAUAACUGUUUGCUGGAGAUUUUGUCCAAGGCAAAUUCUGUUGAUUCCAUUGAGACCAGGCUGAGUGAGAUGAAAUAUUGCGGGUUGGAGGUCGAUAAGUACACAUUGACGCCAGUUUUGAAGGCUUACUUCAAUUCUGGGAAGUUCGAUAAAGCUUUAAAUGUUUAUAACGAUAUGCAUGAGAGAGGGUGGGUUGAUGGGUAUGCCUUUUCUAUCUUGGCUUUAGCUUUUAGCAAGUGGGGUGAGGUAGAUAGAGCAAUGGAAUUCAUAGACAGAAUGGGAGAUCAAAAUCCUGGGCUAAACGAAAAGACAUUCUAUGCUCUGAUUCAUGGUUUUGUGAAGGAAUCCAGAGAGGAUAUGGCUCUUAAGUUGCUCGAGAAAAUGCAGAAGUUGGGUUUUAGUCCUGAUAUUUCAAUCUACGAUGUGCUGAUUGGAGCACUUUGUAAGAAGGGCACAUUUGAGAAAGCAAUGGCUUUGUUUUGGAAGAUGAAGUUGUUAGGAAUUGUGCCCGACAUCGAGAUACUUGCGAAGCUCAUAGCAUCUUGUUCUGAAGAGAGAGUUGUGAUCAUGUUACUUGAGGAAAGACCAGAAGAUAUAAAUGACGAAGCUAUGAUAUUGCUUUACAAUUCUGUGUUGACUUGGUUUGUUAAUGCUGGGUCAAUAGAUAGAGCUUGUUAUUUGCUUCGGUUUACGACAGGAAACGAUUUUCAUACUGAUGAUUUUCACAUAUGUGAGAUCCACCAAACUUUUAAGAAGGUAUUCCCUAAUACUGCUUCAUUCGGCAUUGUAAUCGAUGGCUUGCUAAAGAUGGGUAAGUUGGAUGUAGCAUUAAGCCUCUUUGAAGAUAUGAUUCGACUUGGUUGUGAACCAAACCAGUUACUUCAUAACAAUUUGAUAGAUGCACUGUGCAAAUCAGACAAAUUGGAGGAAAGUUAUAAUCUUCUGAGAGAUAUGAAGCAAUCGGGACUUCAACCGACACAUUUUACCCAUAAUUCAAUCUUCGGCUGCCUCUGUAAAAGAGAGGAUACCGUAGGGGCCAUUGAACUACUGAGGGAGAUGCGUGGUCACGGACACGAGCCAUGGAUAAAACAUUCUACACUCCUUGUGAAAAAACUUUGCAAAAAUGGGCGAGUCGUCGAAGCUUGUAAUUUUCUUGCUGAUAUGGUUUCUGAAGGAUUCCUCCCCGAUAUAAUUGCCUACUCUGCUGCCAUGGAUGGGCUAGUCAAGAUUCACGAAGUCGACCGUGCUUUCGAGAUGUUCCAAGAUAUCUGUACUCGUGGUUACCGUCCAGACGUGGUUGCUUAUAAUGUAUUGAUAAAUGGCUUCUGUAAAGCCGGGAGAGUUAGCGAAGCCCAGGAUUUUCUGAACAAAAUGACAGUUGCAGGGCUAGUUCCUACAGUUGUUACCUAUAAUCUACUUAUUGAUGGAUGGUGCAAAAGGGGUGAUCUUGAUCAGGCCAUCCUUUGUCUUUCCAGAAUGAAUGGAGAGAACAGGGAACCAACCGUCAUCACUUACACGACUUUGAUCGAUGGAUGCUGCAAUUCUGGGAGGCAUGAUGAUGCCGAAAUACUUUGGAAUGAAAUGCAGCAAAAAGGUUGCUCCCCCAACAGUAUAGCUUACAUGGCAAUUGUGCACGGUCUUUGCAAGUGUGGCAGGCCCGACGCAGCUCUUGUUUAUUAUCGAAUGAUGGAAGACAAGCAAAUGAAACCAGACAGUUAUGUCUCUGUUGCAUUGGUUGAUGCUUUCAUAUCGAAUCAAAACUUCCCCAUGGCUCUUAACAUAUUAGAGGAGGCAGUUGAGAAAGGAAACGUUCCCGAUCCAACUGACAAGACCUAUGUCACCAUAAGAGAUGCAAUAUUCAAAUUAUCUGAAGACGACCAAACUCGCUCGGGAGUUAAAUCGCUUAUCGAAAAGGGCAGCAUCCCAACAAUUGGUGUUUCAGACCUCAGAAGCUGAAGUCUGAAGUCUUUUCUGUUACCUUACUAAAGGGAGUUUGAUGAAAGUUCUGAUUGCAAAGGAAAAGGGAAAUCUUGAUACAUUUGCAAACCGGGUUGCCGGUUCGGUACUUCAAUCAUCCAAGGAUCGAUUUUCCAGAAUCCAGGCUACCUUCAUCAGUCAUCCUUGAAUGGAUGGAUACAUUUAGAAUUAAGGUUCUCUUCUCCAUUUUUUAUGCACAAGUUAAGUGCUUCAUGAUAAAUAAUAGAGUGAUUUAGGCUGAAGCUGCAAAUUUUGACAACCUUUAAAAGUCCAUACAAGUUGUAGAAUCCGAAGAUGCAAAUAGGAAAAGAUACUGCUUUGUUUUUUGGUGCAUCAUUGGCUGAGAAAUUGCUGUUGCUUAAAACUUUAGUGAUAAAUCAUUAAAAAUCAGCUUAAAGUUUAAACUUGUUAAGGUUGCUGAAAUUUGAUAC